UACAUCAGUAUGGGUGGGCGCAGCAAAACGUCAGCACUUACAAUAUAUUUCUCCCUUGUUGCUAGCCCCUCGUCAAUUUCCAGCAUAUAUGUUCACACAGCUUGCCAGAAUCUAUCUAAUCUUAUAAGCCAGCAAACAUCCGCCCGUCUAGUUUAAUAGAGAACUUGCAGUCCGUCAAGAUGUUAACAAUUGCAGAUUGAAGUAUGGAGAGACCACAUGGGGGCAGUUUUAAAGAUGGUUCCUCAGACAAAAGUGAUAAGGGGACAACCAGUAGGAGUGGAUUGUCCUCAUGUGGUUCAUCUUCAGGUUCUACAUCAACAGUGUCCUCUAACAUAGGAGGUGAAGUUGAAGAGAAGAUGGAUGUAGACAAACCUCUUCUUGUAACCCCUCUUGCCACCUUGCCAUCCAGCUCUUCAAUAACUAUCUCAAAAGCAACAGCAGCUCAACAGAGAGCAUCACACACUCCUUCAUUAUUGUCGUCUUCAUCCUCCGUAUCUACACACACCACCAUAGCAUUCUCCACUGCCUCCAGAACUACAUUAUCAUCAUCAUCCACUCCAUCUAGUGAUGCUGGCUCAUCAAUCAGUAGAGGAAUACUGGGACCAGACAUGAUGCCAACUAUCCCACUUGUUCCAGUACAGGUCCCCUGUAGUAGAAGUGGAGUUGUAACCAUCCCCAAAAUCCGUGGUCGUUCCAAGGGAAUGCCUCUCAGCCCGACUCGCAGUGGUAGCUUCCAAGUGCGAAAAGGAAUGAAACUCAAAAGACUCGGCGGCAGCUUUCGAGGUCGUGCUGGACGUCGUUUGACACAAAGUAUGUCUCUUGAGGAGAGAGGAGGGCUUGGAGGAGAUGACUCGCCUCUGCCUUUGGAUGAUGAAGCCUAUGCUCAAGAUGACAUGUUCAUUGCACCUACAUAUCAGGACAAGUGGCCAGGACGAGUUUGUGCACUUUGUUGCCUUGGGGAACAAAGUCAACUUGGCCAAGGGGAAUUGAUCAGACACGACCCUACACCUGGAUAUACGCUGCCAGAGAAAAUUACAUCACCAUCCGACAGUAAUGCACAAGAAUCACUAUUAUCCAAAAAGUUAAAAUCUAGCCAGUCAUCAUUUAAGGAAAAGGGGAAAUCACCAAGGAAACAAGUAGGGGAAGCUUUACCAGAACCUGUGGAUGAAAUUUCGCUAGUUGGUCACUCAGAGCAGCCCAGCAUAACAAUUUUAUUUGAACCAACAGGUCACUGUUUUGUCCAUUAUAUGUGUGCACUCUGGUCAUCUACUGUUGAACUGAUAAAUGAUGAUACAGUCACUUUAGUUGAUCAAGCUGUUGUUGAUGGAGCAAGCCAGAGAUGUGUUAGCUGUAAGAAAUUUGGUGCAACUCUUCCUUGUAAGGUUUCUGGAUGUCAGAGGUUUUAUCACUUUCCUUGUGCAAUGAGUGCUGGGGCUUCUAUGGAUCUUAAAACUGUUGGAAUGGUUUGCCCAUCUCAUGCAGACAAAAGCAAAGACUUGCUAGUGGACUUGGCGUGUAUGGUAUGCGAGCAUUCAUCUCCUGAGAGCUCCCUUCUCUUCUGUUCUUCUUGUGGCAAUCACUACCAUGGCCUCUGUCUGAAACCCCCAGUCACUGCCAUCUCAGUUUUACGUGCAGGAUGGCAGUGUCCAGAUUGCAAGAUGUGUCAGAUGUGUCGGCAGCCAAGUGAUGAAAUCGUGUGUGGGGUGUGUGACAAGGCGUACCAUAUGGCGUGUGCCCGCCCCUUUGGCCUCUCCCUCCACAAAACUGGGUGGAAGUGCAAGACAUGUCGUGCUUGUGGGGACUGUGGUUCUCGAACACCAGGCAAUGGCUUGUCAUCACGAUGGCAUUCUAACUUCACCGUGUGUGAUUCCUGUUACCAGCUUCGCAAUAAAGGGCUUGCCUGCCCAAUUUGUCAGAAGGCAUAUCGGGCAAUAGCCCAGAAAAACAUGGCUCAGUGUACAAAGUGUAAAAGGCAUGUCCAUAGUAUGUGUGAUAUUGAUGCUGACCUCAGUGUAAUUCAGACCAAGUGGAAUGCUGAUCACUCAUAUGAAUAUGUAUGCAGCAGUUGUAAUAGGAUAGUUGCGUCUCCGAGUCAGUCACCACGCACCACUCAAGAUGACAGUUGUGAUGGGCCUCCAGAAUCUUCAGUUCAUUCUGAGGAUUCCAAUGAUACAGAUUUAACAUCAGAGGGUAAAUCUGAAGAUCUCUCUUCUGUUCCCAAACCUCAGAGUAGUUUCUGUUCUCGUGGAAAACCCCUGAGCUUAGCUAAGAGAGGUGGAUUUCUUCCAAGAUUACGAGGAGGUGCUGGUGAAAAGUAUGGAGUGGGAAAGAAGGCAGUUUCCAGUUCAAAAAAGCGAGGGCAAACAAUUCCAGUUCGCCGAGGUCGAGGCAAUGGACGUGGAUACAGAGGUUAUUUCAACUACCAAAAUAUUUCUCUUCAGGUGAUGGAGUCCAAUCAUAGUUCUGGAAAGGAGGAAGGUGAAGAGAAUAAAGUUAUUCUCGUAUCUACUGAUGAUGAAUUCUGUCUUGAACAAGAUGUUUGUGCCAUGUGUGGGGCAUUCGGACAAGAUCAAGAAGGUCGUCUCAUUGCUUGUGCUCAGUGUGGCCAGUGUUACCAUCCAUUUUGUGCUAAUGUUAAGCAGCACAUGGAAGGUGUUCCUCUUUCUGGGAGAAUAUUGAUAGAACAGGCAACGUAUUUCCACCAACACCACAAAAUUGAUACCAAAAAUGACAACACUCAUGGGUGGCUGCACAGAUUGAAGAAGCGCCACGGUAUUCUUCAGGUAAAAGCUGCUGGCGAGAAAGCAUCUGAAGACAAGGUGACAAAAGUGGUACUGCAGAAAGGUUGGCGGUGCCUGGAUUGUACUGUAUGUGAGGGGUGUGGAGAGCGUAAUGAUGAAGCCCGACUAGUACUGUGUGAGGACUGUGAUAUUUCUUAUCAUAUUUAUUGUAUGAAACCUCCACUGGACCAUGUUCCUUCAGGUGUUUGGAGAUGUAAAUGGUGUGCAAUGUGUCUUCAUUGUGGAGCUACUGACCCUGGCCCUAAUGCCACUUGGCAGCAAAAUUAUAGCAUGUGUGGUCCAUGUAUGUCUAUGACCCAGUGUCCAGUAUGUGAUGAACCAUAUUCUGAUGGUGAACUCAUCAUUCAGUGUUCUAAUUGUGAGCGCUGGUUGCAUGCUUCUGAUGACAUGAUCCACACAGAAGAUGAUGCUGAAAGAUGUGCAGAAAAAGGGUACUUGUGUCUAAUAUGCCGACCUCAGGAUGCAUUACCACCCCAUCUGCUUCCCCACACCCCACCAGCACGUACUACCCGUGUUGUGCAAACUGCAAUUGUUACUACCACAGCUACACCAAGUCCAGUGCGAGCUUCAAGCCCUGUUGAUAUGAUGACAAAGGUUACUUCUAAAGCUCAAUAUUGGGUUGAUGGCACCUGUCUUUCUGAAUGUGGAAUGUUCCAGAUCAAGACCAUGACUUUGGAGCCCCAGAAAAAACCCAGCAUGGCAAAACUGUCCGCUGCCGCCUACUAUUUGGGUACCAGGUGCACGGGUGGCAAGGAGCCUGGGCUGCACAGCAGCAUCAUCACACACAACAGGAACCCAAAAACAGUACGAACCAGCCGUGGGCCCUCGAUAGACAGUAGUGGCAGUCGGGACAUUGAUGAUGAUGAUGAGGAUGAUGAUGAUAAUAAACUAGAAAAUGAAGAGCCAAAGCACUGGGUAUAUGGUAUGAAAGAAGGAACACUUCUGCAAGCAAAGGAUGAUGGUACACCUCCAGAUUUGCCUGAAGGAUUCUACACAUUGCCAGGCCCUGAACCCGGAACCUUCACAUUAAGGAAACGCAGAUACCGCAACAUUAAAACAUUAGGCAUUGGAGGUUUCCAAGUUCGGGCGCGGGGUAAAAGAGAAGAGGAGAAAGCACGAGAAGAGGCUACCUUAGAUCCUCAAGUGUUGGAGCUUCGGCGGAAGAGAAGUAAUUGGCGCACAAAAAAGAAAAUAAAGCUUCUUGAGAAGUUUCCAUCUUACAUUCAGGAAGCUUUCUUUGGUAGAAAUUUGAUGGACACAAGUAAUUUGGAGGAGGAGAUGAAACAGAUAAGUAGCUUGGAUGAAGAAAUAGACGAGGAUGUUCUCGAGUCUCAGAAAACCAAGUCAGCUAUCACACUUUCCAAGGAUGAACUUCAGCUUGUUCAGGCGGCUCAGAAUAAACAGCAUGGACAUGAUAGGCGUCUUGACAGCUGUGUUCAGCAAACCAAGCUCCUGUCUCCCCGACACAUAAAAUUUGAGGAUUUUGCUGAUGCCAGGAAACGAGACAAGAAAUAUUCAGAUGAAAAGAAAUAUAAAGAUCAUAAGGAUGAGGAUAUGGCACAGGAGGAUGAAAACAAUGAGGCCAUUGAUGCCAUCUUUGGCCAGGGUGGUGAUAUCACUGAUAUUCUUAUGCAUGAUAUCAUAAAUGGUGCCAUGAAGGAUGAUGAUGCUAACCUCACUGGUGACGAUGACAUAUCUCAAGAUGCCAUCGAUGUUCCUGGUGGCAGUGGCAAUGGAACUAAGUUGACAGAUAUUCUUGGACCUGGCUUUAACCUUGAUGUGGCAGACAUUAUGAAGAAUCUUCCUGAAGAUAGCACAGAAGAUAGUCAAGAUUCUACAUUAUCAACAUCCAUUCCUCCAACAUCUACACUGGGUGGUGUAGAGGGUGAAGGUUCAGCUUGUUUAGAUAGUGAAGCAAGUGUCAACAGUACUCCUACUGUAUCACCUGCAACACAACCUACCAGUUCCCUUCCUUCUACUAAAGAAGCUCUUAUGACUCCUAUAACACCUUCGGUCACCCUUCCAGCAGCAUCAACACUGCGUCCUAAUCAACCCCCUGUUGCUCCAUUGGGCUCUAUGCCAACAGGAUCAUCAAUGUCAUGCAUUCCACAAGGUCCAACAUUGUCAUCAGUUUCAAUUUGUAAUACAAUCCAAGGCCUAAGUCCUAUUCCAUCCAUUAGCUGUCCUACCACUAUGCAAAAUCCUGUUGGACUUGCCAGCCCCAUUACGCAUCAGAGUCCUUCAGCUCUUCCAAGUCCAUUACCAAGUCCUAUCACUGGAGGCUCAAUUUUAUCCCAGUCCCAUCCCAGUCCUCUCUCUCGUCCAGAUUCACAAGCCUCAUCUCAUGGAUACCCAAAUACUCCAUCAUCUUUCACCACAAACAAGCCUCCAACUCCUACAGUUCCUGAGCCACAGAAAGUUUGGUCAAGUAAUGAUUCACAGUCACAGAGCCUUAGUCUAGAAGAGGAUGAAUCUCUUGGUGCAAAGGCUACCAAGGCAGCUGUGUUAUAUGUCAACGUCCACAAACCCACCCUCAAAACUGAUUAUCCAGCUGUGGCAGAUCGAGAACGACAGAUUAGACGCAUAUGGAAGAAUCUGAAGGAUACUGAACAGAAGAAGAUGUUAAUUCAGAGAGCUCGUGAGAACAAAAAGGAAUAUUAUAAAAACAAGCAGGAACAACAGAGAGCCUUGAAGAGUAGUGAGAAUAUGGAAGGAAACAACACACCGGGCUCGGCGGGAACCCCAGGAAGUAUUAAUGAAGGAGUCAACACUGAUCCGAGUCCUGCAAACACACCUCAUGCUUCCCCUCGUGCUCCUCUGCCAUCACUGACACCACCCCGCCCAAUGAUUGUUACACAGCGUCCUCAGAUGCCGUCAGGGUCACCCAUGAGGCAAGGUGUCUCACAUGGCAUUAUUAGAGGGCCUUUAACUCAUCCAGGAUUAAAUGACCCUUAUGCCUUGCCACCAGGAACUCCUCAUCCCAGCAAAUCAGUAGAUUCAUUUACACAUCCACCAUCAACUCCAACACCACAGACAUCACCUUUGCCUUCACCUACAAGUGAUCCUUACUCGCGUAUACCACCCUCUCCCAGGCCUCAUUCUUCAGAUCCUUACAGUAUAGCACCACCGACACCACGUCCUGUUGUAAAUGACCCGUAUACGAUGCCACCACCUACACCUCGAUCAGUAGAUCCCUAUGGUAAUCAGCCUCCAGGUCAAAGGCCCUUAACUUCCGAUCCAUUUACAACUUGUACUACACCGACUGACUCAUUUUCUCAACCUCCUGCAUCCCCAUAUGCUCAGGCUCCACCCACUCCUCGCCCUCAUGAUGAUGUCUAUGGCCCACCACCACCUGGUCCUCCAGGAAGCAUCCCAGAUCCUGCACGACAACAGCACCUUCGAGAAUUACUUCAAAGACCCUGGAGUGAAGGUAGUGGGGUACACCAGACAGUAAUCCCUCAACCUCUAACGUCUCCAACAGGGCUUCCUGGUGAAUUUCGGCCUCCUCUUCCACCUGUGGUACAGGGACAGGGUGCUCGUAUGAGACCAAGUAUGGCACCAGGUCAGCCUAACAUGAUGACACACCCUGUGUCUCCCCAAGGUGGGCAGAUGGACCCAAGGGUUAGGAUGAUUCUUCAGCAAAGAAGUAUACAACAACAACAGUCACAGAGGCAGACUGUUGUUGCUGGUCGUAACCCUUUGGACCCUUUUAACCCUCAUGCACAGCAUCGUCCACCACAGCAGUACAUAGGUGCUGCAGGACCUGGAGUACGUCCUGGUGUGACUAAUGUGGUUAGAGGCCCCACUGCAACUGUUAUGGUGAGCCAAGGAUUAGGCUCUCCUCACUUGCCUACUGGCGGAACUGUACGGGUUCCUGUUGUGUCUCCUACUCAUCAUCCUCAACCACCGACUCACCCACUGGGGCCACCUCCUCAUCCUUCAACUUCUCAUCCACAACCACCUCAUCAUUCAUCAUCUUUACCACAACCACAGCAGUCUCUACCACAGCAGAGCCAUCCACAACAGUCCCUUCCUCAGCAAUCCCAUCCACAAAUACCACAUUCUCAACCACAUCCACAAAGUCAUCCUCAGCAGCCACAUCCUCCAUUACCUCAUCCUCAGCAAACCCCACCUUCAUCACAGCAACAUCAAUUAGAGUCAGAGCUCCCAGAGGCAGUGACUCGAGAACUGGAACAGCUAGAAGAAGAACAGCAGCAGCAGCAACAUCAGGACCCACCACCACCACCACCUCAGUCAACACCACAACCGACUCAAUCACAAACAGCACCAUGUCAAGGAGAUGACCUGGCGGACUUAGCUGGUGAGAUAACCAGUAUGGAAGAUGACGACUUGCUAGGUAUGGGUGGAGAUUUCAAUGCCCUCUUGGAAUUUGCUGAUGGAGAGGAUGGUGAGGAGGAUAAUGAAAAGCUGCCUUCAAACCUCUUUGAUGAUCUUGAUGGUGAUGAAGAUGAGAGGAGAAAGAGAGAAAGAGGCAGAGAGUUGAUGAUGUCCCGUGGCCUGCAGAAAGGUAAGGUAGUCAUAUCAAAUGAGAUACCUGUAGGUUUACCUUCCCCUGGCAUGCUCUUGCAUCCAAGACCUACUCUAUCACCUGCCCACGAACCUGAGAACCACCGUAUUAGUACUGUGACCUUAGACAGCGUACCACAGCCACAAGAGCCUCACCAGUCUCCGACGGUGCCCCACAGUGUACAACAGAGACCUUGUAUUGAACAGGGUGUGCCGCUGCAACACCCUGAAGCAUCAGUAGCAUCUAAUAUGGCUCCAUCUGGCCCCAAUCCAGUGAAUGUGAGCAAUACCGAAUGUUCAAAUAUGCCUUCACCUUCAACAAUGGUUCCAAUGGGGCAUUCUUCUGGACCCCCUACUGGACCACCACCUGGACCAUUAAUGAGUCCAGUUCGCUUAACCAUGAGCACAUCCCCUCAACAACAGCCAGUUCAGCCACAAAUGGCACCUCAUAUAACUCGAGCAACCCCAAGGUUUUCAGGCAUUGGAGUAACAAGAAUGCUUGGGCAUAGAGUGGGAAUGCUCCGUCAGCCUGCACCACCACCACCACCAUACCCUGGCCACCCUCCUCCCCCUUACCCAAGACCCCAGGUGAUGGUGAGUGAGGGUUUGAUGGUGAGGGGACCCAUGGCAGGCAGUGUGGGAUCCCCCAUGGGGGUUGGGGGGCCACCACCGCCACCCAUGAUGAGGCCCAGCCCACACCACCCUGCCUUGAUGGGUCCAGGACCCUCGGUGGUGAUGGGUGGGCCUCGCUUGCCUCCACACAUGGCUCAUGGCCCCCCCGGGGGCCACCCACACCUGCCCACAGGGCCACCGUCCAUGGGUCCACCCGGCCCUCAUGGCCCCCAUGGUCCACCAGGCCCUCAUGGCCCUCAUGGUCCAUCCGGCCCUCAUGGCCCAAUGCUGCCGCCACAGCCACUCAGGCGACCACUACUACUGCAGGAACAGCCCUUGCUAAUAGAAGAUUUACUGGAACAAGAAAAGCAAGAGCAAAUGAAGCAGCAGAAGGCAAGUCAUCACCAACAGCAAGAAAGUUUAGGACCAGUUGACCUUAAUCUCAGCGACAUGGAUUAUGAGAAACUCAAAGCUGAUGUUCUCUCUGCAGGAAACCCAUCAGUUGGCUUACCACCUAUACCUGGAGGGCAGCAAGUUAUGAGUGGCAAUGGUGGUGUGCGACAGCCAUACCAACGCAUUGUGGGUCCACCUCAAGUGUCUACCCAAACAGCACAUCAGGUACCAGGACCAGUCCAACCCAUGACCCGCCCAGUGCGACCUCAAGGUGAUCCUGGUAUACAUCCUGCUCUACUGCAGGCUGUUACUACACGGGCAUCUGUAUCAUCAACUCCAGGCACAGUGAAUAUUAAGACACUCCCUCCACCUCCACAACCCCCUGAUAACCCUCAGACUGAUGCUGAGAGACAGCAACAACAUCAGUAUGAACAGUGGCUGGGACAGCAACAUAGCUUAAUUGCUUCACAACAGAGAUUUUAUGAAACUGAGAUAAUUAAGCUUAGAAAGCAACGCAAGAGCCUAAAUAGUCGCCAGAGGACGCUAAAAAAGAAUGGUCAAGAGCUAAAUGAAAAUGAUGCAGCUGAUCUUGCCCGUGUCCAGAGGGAAGCAUCUGCUAUUCAACGACAUUUAGAGCAGUGUAGAAAGUCUGCCAGACAGCAUGCUAUGAUCGUUCAAGAGUACAACAAUAAAAAAAGAAAUCGACAAAGUCACAUAAUAAGUACUCAAGGUGGAGUAAUGAAUGCCUCUCCAGGAAAUAUGAUGACUGGGGCUUCUCCCAUGGGUCAUGCAGGUUCAUCGCCUUUGCACUCUACUCCUCAAAGUCCUCUCAUGUCCCCAUCACCUUCAUCACAACCAGGAAUGGGCUUGAGCCCCAUGGUACCCUCACCCCACACACCAGUGGCAUCUCCUAAUCCCACAAUAGUGCCACAACAUUCUCCUCAUGCUAUGGUAGUUCCAGGUCCACACCCAUCCCCAGGAGAAUCGCCUUUUAGCCCUCAAACACGCAUGCCAUCUCCAGGAGGAGGGUAUCCCGAUCAGGGUCCACGAACUACUUAUCCUGGUGCACCCCAAGGUAUGACACACCACAUGAUGGUGUCUCCAAUGAGAGUUAGAAUGCCCGCUCACAGUCCAGGUACACAGACAGUACAACCAGGUCAAAUGUCACCACAUAUGAUGGGAGUAAGAGCAUCAUAUCCCCAAGCUGGAGUAAUGAUGCCCCAGGGCCAAGGAACAACUAUGAUGAUGAGGCAUCAGUACCCCCAAGGAGUGAUGCCUCUCCGAAGACCAUCUGGAUCAGGUCCUGUUCCUAGUCCAGGCUCUGUUGGCCCCAUCCCAAGUCCAGGUGGACCUGUUCCAAGUCCAUUAGGAGGUGGAAUGGCUAUGAAACCUAGUCCAGUUCAUAGUGGCUUGAAGAGUCCAGUACCACUGGCUAGUCCCAGUGGCCCAGUUCCAAGUCCUAUAUCUGGGAAUAUGUCUAUGAAGCCAAGUCCAGUUCAUAGUGGGUUGAGAAGUCCUGUGCCUCUUGCCAGCCCUCAAAUGCGUUCUCAUAGUGCAGAAAACCCAGGCACUCCGUUAACACCUCGCAGUGUUGGCACGGGGGAGGUAGGUGGAGCGCCACACACACCUCAUAGUGAUAUGGGAGGUGCCAGUAGUAACAGUAGUCAAGUUAAUAGUCCUCAUCCCUCAGUGCCAACACCCACUAGUGAUGCAGUACCCUCACCUGCCUCCUCAUCUACACCCACUGCUGGAGUAGGAACAGUUGCACCAAGAUCAGGAGGAGGAGGAGGAGGUAAUGCUAAUAAUCCCAAUAAUCCAGCACCUCUUCCACCACACAUAAGAAGAUUUGGAUAUUUCAAACCUGGACUUCGAGGUGGUACUCUUUUAAGAAGUCGCUGGGGGCAUUUCAAAUUUGGCUUGAAGGGCGGAGCACCCCUUGGAGAAAUUGAAAAUAAUACAGUACAAACUACUUGCAGCAAUGAAAUGGCAACAGUAGCAUCUACAAAUACUACAUCCAAUGUCAGCACCUCUUCCUCUUCCAUAUUAAGGGCUGUAAGUACCACAGCACUGUCAAAAAAUGAUGUAGAGACUCAUGAGGGACAGGAGGGUUUAGCCCAUGUUUUAAGUGAAAGUCUUAAAGGACCAGUAAGGAUGAUUGGAGGUUCAGUAUCACGAGCCGGCCAGUCUGCAUAUUCACCAGCAGGAUUGACGACUGCUGCCAUGACGCCUCACCUUUCGUCCAUUGUUAAUAAGGUAGUUAUUCCAGAGCCUUCAAAAUCUGAAAUUCCUCCAUCAAGUCGACAUCAAGCAGUAAUAGGUAUUCCUGGUGGAGGUGCAAUAUUAUCACAAAAUAACAUGUACCCCAGUCAUACUGUAGCAGUAGCUCCUGGAAUUAGAUUACCAAGUGUCAAUGCCUCUACAAAUUAUCCAUCAUCAAAUAUUGUCACAGGUUGUGUGGCCACAACCCACUCUAGCAUAAUGGGUAUGGCAGUGGGCACAACAGGUGCUGGUGGCAUAAGUGGUUCUCUUGUACCACCGCCUAUUAUGUCUGUGACUUCUUGUGCCACAACCACAGCUUCUAUGUACAACUUGAGUAUGGCACCAACAAGCCGACCACUAGAUGAAGUUUCCACUCAUAGUACUAUGGUCAGCAUCAAUGACCAAGUAAGUGGGAUAUCAAGUGGGUUAACAAACUUUCCAAAUAAUACAGGCUUGCCUUCAACAUCAGUAUCGGCAUUGACCCUCACGACGCCUUCUCUUGGUCGCCCACUGGUAAGUAUUCCAGUACAGAAAAUUGGUUUACAGCAAAGACCUGUGGUACAUACAACUGGGGCACCAUCAGUGACCACACAACAGCUACGAACCCUUCCAUCUAUUGGUCAGCUUCAACCAGGAGCCAGGCAAUUUAGAACACAGUUAAUAAGAGCACCAGUUUCCCAACAACCUGGAAGUCUUGAUUUAGAAGGUCAUAAACUAGUAACUCAGCAGCAAGUGAUGCAUCCAUCUAUAAGUCAGCCAGUUGGAGUGUUAUCCAGUGGUGUUCCUCAGACCCUAUCACAGCAGACAUGGAUACAAACAUCCAGUGGAACUUUAUCGCAGAGUGGAGUUGUUGUACAGAGUGGAUUACAGCAGACUGUUGGGGUACGCAUGGUGACACAGCCAAUGAUGGUUCAACAAACCAUUGUACGCAGUGGUAAUGUUAUGGUACGGCCAGCCACAAGUGGUCAGGUUGCAGUUCAAGGUGGGGUGAGAAUGAUGAUGAUACAUGGAGGAAAACCAGUUCGUACACCCUCUCCCCCAGUGAGUCGGCCAACCAUGAUGCCUCCUCCUGCUGCUAAAUCUCCAGCAGGGCAUUCUGCAAGUCCAGUACUUCGUGUAUCUCCAUCCCCAUCUCCUUUGUCAAAUCAUCCAUCUCCCCACUCUCCACAAAUCAAGGGACAGUCUCCUCUAAUGGGAUCUCCAGCCCCCAGUCCUCAUAGCUCACUCCCUACGCUUUCAAGCAUUAUUAAGAGGGAACCAGAUGAUGAGCACCCUGGUCCUUGUAGUACUCCUAACAUGUCACAUUCAGGUAUGGCUGGUCCAAGCAUUUCUCAACCCCCUGGCACACUGCAUGUGACCAUUAGUGGUGCACCAUCACAAACAACUACACAGUUGCCAGUGAUGAAUCACCCACACUUGACAACACAAAAUUCUUCAUUGGACACAGGACCUUUGAAGACUGAGGGACUGAAUGAAGGGAUGAGUAAAGAGUCUUCCAAUGCUUUACUAAAGCAACUGUUGGAGAACACUGGGUGUGCUAGCCCACUGCAACAGCCACCUCAAGGUCAGCUGGUUUUAUUUAGGUCCUCACAAGGAACAAUACCGAUGCAGUCCUCUCAUCUGUCCCAAGUUGCUUCACAGGUGCCUAAUCCAACCCCCAUAAUAGUACCUCGUAGCAUUGUACCUGUCUCUGCCCCUAGCUCACAUGCUCCUGCGUUACAUACCACUAGUGUUGCAUCCAUGAUGUCUCAAAGUGCUGACAUUCAGCAGCAGCAUCACGCAGUAAUUGCACCUGGAACUCAACCACAGCCCUUAGGACCCAGUCCACAACUAAUGCAACGGUCGGUUGUAGUGUCUGGUCCUCAGCAGAUUUCUCAAAAUCCUGGCACUCACACUGUUGUCCUAGGUCAACAGCAGUUAAUAGCCCAGUCUGGUGGUCAUGUUAACCUCAGUCAUUCAGUAGCACGUCUUGGAGUACCAUUUACUGGUCAGAGCCAUCCAGUUCAACAUACUACUGGUCCACAUCCGUCUAGUCAGCAUGCAGGUAUAAGACAAGUCACAACCCAUCAUAUAGCUCAUCCAGGUAUAAACCCUUCUUCGGGUCAUCAUGUGAUACCAGGACAGCCAACUCAUCAGACGGUUACUGUCAGUCACCCAAGCCGUCCACUGGGCCACCCUGUCACUCCCUCAGGACCUCAUAUGGUUGUCCAUCCAGGCCUUCGACCUGCCCACCCAGGUCAACACCCUUUAGUUAAUGCUCAUCCACCAGGUACUCAUCUUGUAUCAGGAUCACGGCCUACACUUAACUCCACAAUAAUGAAUGCUGCACCAACACCAGCAAGUAUGGCAGACCGAAUAAAUAGUGAUCCUGCUCUAAAAACAGAGAUGCGUGUAAUGAUUCCCGAGACAGUAAUGGGUACUGGUACUAGCACGGGAGAACACACACCUGAGAUGACCACACCAAAUGAUGGCUCAGAUUCUUUAGACCACGAAGAGCUUAAGAAAGCCAAAAAACGAGCUCAGCAAGCUAGAAGAAAAAGUCAAAGUAAGGACACCAAGGUACAGCCAGCCAAGCGAGCUAGACAAGGAUCUCGAGUUGAAGAAGAUUAUGAUGCAUAUAUUGACAGUGUGAUGCAACAGUUAAGGAGUAUGCCACCACUCACUAUCAUGGAACCAGAAGUACCAAGAAACUUUAACCUAUGUCCAAUGUUUGGUAGUGGUGACUUGACUAAACUAGGCAGGAGAGAUUAUAACCAUCGACAAGGGGUUUUAGAAGGUUCAGAAGGUCAGGCAACUAUAAAAAAUAUCACUGAUUUUUAUAAUACACAGCCAUUUGGUGAUAAAUUACCUAUUGUUACUCCAGCAAAAACUGCACCCACUCAGCGUGGCUUUUACAUUCAUGAAUUUACCCCACCAAAGAUUGGCCUCCCACUGGAUGAAUACCAAGGCGAAGGUGAUUCUGUGAGUGGCUCUAAUCGUCCAACUCCAGCCCCUACCCCAACUAGAGAUGCAGAUUCUCCAGAUACCGUUUUAAGUUCUUCUUCUCCAGAAUGUAUAUUACCUGAAUCACCCCUUCCAUUUAAGGGUCUUAGGCUGGUUGAUAUGGAUGAAGAUCCCCAAGAAGAUCAACGUGACCGUUCCCUCUCUCCAUCUAUCCCUCUUCUUGUACCCACUCCCAUAAGACCUGGACAGUUACCAUUCCUUCCAUCUCUUGACAAAGAUAGUAAAGAUAUUCCAGAAUUAGAUAAGGAGAACAUUGGUAGUCUCUCAAGCAUUACAAUGAAGAGUCGCAUUGGACAGUCGCCAGCACUGCCCUUAAAAGACAUGGGCAAUGUCACUGUUACACUUACACUUUCAUCUCAAGCAGGGGAAGAUGUAUCUGGUGUGCUGCGUUCUUUGGCUAACCUCUUAAACAUUCCUCCACCAUCAUCAUAUCAAAUGGCAGACCGACUGCAAGCUCCCAAAUUACCAAGGGUUUAUCAUCAUAAACAUCCGAAAGAUGGUAAAGAACAAGUGGUGGACAUUCAGAGUAUUCUCAAUGGACAGGCACGAUUUUGUCGACAUUGUGAUAUAAUUAUCUUGAAAGACAUUUUAUGCAAAAGAGUUUCAGAGCUUCCAUUCUUAAAUAAAGAAGAAUAUGUAACUGUUGAGGAAGUCACAUUUUGCUCACAGCAGUGUUAUAUGCAGUUUGCAUUGUCACAUCGUAUGGUAAUUGAUGAAAGAGGAAAGCAUGAUGGAAGCAGUAGAUUCAGCAAACUGAGAGAUACAUUUAGUGACAUUAAAGACCCUUCAUCCAUUAUGCCUGAUGAUGAUCUCCCAGAUUGGACGAAGGAUGAAGAUAUGGAUGAAGUAUUACGGGUUCCUAAACUAGAAGAUUCUCUGCUCAGUCGACCCAACAAACAUAAACUAGAAGAUGACGAGGAACAGUUUCCAAGACAACCUGAUGGGAAACGUUUUCGUGGUCACAAAUACAAAUGCUGGACACCUAGUGCUCUCACUCUUCCAGAAAAUUAUGAAAAACCUACACCAAAGGAAAUGACAGACUUGCUUUUUCGCAUGGGUAUCACCUACAGAAAACCACGACUACGAGAUGAUACUCGUCAGUGUAUCCUAUGCAAUCUAUAUGGAGAUUAUGUAGCUGAUGGACCUUCAAGACUGCUUAAUUAUGAUGUAGAUAAAUGGGUUCAUUUAAAUUGUGCUUUAUGGGCAGAAGAUGUUUAUGAAACAAUGAAUGGGGCCCUUAUGAAUGUAGAAACUGCAAUGAAAAAAGUGUCAUCUUUUAUAUGUGAACAUUGUGAUCAACCAGGAGCAUCUGUUAAAUGCUUCAAAGUGCGAUGUAAUAAGGUUUAUCACUUGAACUGUGCUGUGAAAGAGGGGUGUACUUUUUACAAAAAUAAAACUGUAUAUUGCCAAGAGCAUAUUAACAAAGGUGAGAAAGAUAAUGAACUUUCAACUUUAGCUGUGUUCCGCCGGGUUUUCAUAGACCGUGACGAAAACAGGCAAGUGGCUUCAGUGAUGCACCAUGCAGAUAUGAGCUACAUUCUUAGAAUUGGCUCAUUAAUUCUUCUGUCCAUAGGGCAGCUUUUCCCACACCAGCUCCAGGCAUUCCAUACUCCAUAUUGCAUCUAUCCUGUGGGUUACCAAGUGAUUCGGUUCUACUGGAGCAUGCGUCGGCUUCACAAGAGAUGUGCUUAUGAGUGUUCAAUCCAUGAGAAUGAUGCUCAGCCAGAAUUUAGAAUAACUGUGAAAGAGGAUGGUUAUGAAGACCAUACAUUUGUCAGCUGCUCUCCUAAGGGUGUAUGGAACAAAGUUCUUGAACCUUUGACAGAGAUGCGUCACAAAGCAGAUGUUGUGAGACUCUUUCCACAGUACAUCAGUGGAGAGGAUCUCUUUGGCCUAACUGAACCAGCAAUUGUUCGUAUCCUGGAGUCAUUACCAGGUAUUGACACACUAGGUGACUACAACUUCAAGUAUGGCCGUAAUCCAUUGUUCGAGCUCCCCUUAGCUGUGAACCCAAGCGGUUGUGCUCGAGCAGAGCCCUUUAACAAACUGCACCUCAAACGCUACCAUGGGAUGCGUACCAGUGCCGGUUCCGUGAGAACAAGUAGCAACUGCAGAACAGCUGCAAGUGUAGCAACCCUGACCAUGGCCUAUGAUCCCUUUGUGCCCUAUAGUAAGUUGCAUGUCCAUUCAAGAUCAUCACAGUAUAAGAAGAUGAAGAAUGAGUGGAGAAGUGUUGUUUAUUUAGCAAGGUCUAAGAUCCAAGGACUUGGUCUGUAUGCUGCAAGAGAUAUUGAAAAGAACACUAUGAUCAUCGAGUACAUUGGUGAGAUCAUCCGUUCAGAGUUGGCAGAGGUUCGUGAAAAACGCUAUGAGGCUCAGAAUCGAGGCAUCUACAUGUUCCGUCUUGAUGACCAGCGGGUUGUGGAUGCCACUGUAACAGGUGGUCUAGCUCGCUACGUCAACCACUCAUGUGGGCCCAAUUGCUACACAGAGACCAUCGAAGUUGAGAGAGACCUCAAGAUUCUCAUUAUUUCCAAUCGCAAAAUUCUGCGAGGAGAGGAGCUGGCAUAUGAUUACAAGUUUGAUGAGGAGGAGGACCACAAGAUUCCUUGUCUGUGUGGUGCAGAAAACUGCAGGAAAUGGAUGAAUUAGGAAGUCCCAGCAGAAAGUACAACGUCCCAUGUGGACCUUAAUUUCUAGCAACAAAAGACAAAAAUGGAAACAGAAAUAUAGUGGGUUUGUUGUAUAAUAUCUGUGCCUUGACACUUGAAUACGCAGCAUUACCAGACUUUUUGUGGCCUCUUUAAUACAGUUAAUGUGGGUCAAAGUUUAUUGCUUUGUUUACUUGACUAAAUGAAAAAGAUAACCUCACUUAUCUCGCCAAAGUAUAUAGUUAAUAGUGGUGUGUGAAAAUUGAUUUGAAAUAGUGUGUAAUUUGAUUGUUCAGAUAUUUUUUUAUUUUUCUGUUUGCUUGUGACUGAGUGCUUGUAAAUUAUAUAUGUUAUAAUUGUGUAUAUAUGCUUUAAUUUUGCAUUAGUACACAUACAUUUCUAUUUGAUUGUAAGUCUGUGUGUGUAUAUGUAUAUUUUAAAGCAUUUUAAUCGAAGCAUACUUGCGUGUAUGGAUGUGGAUGUAAAGAUGCAUGCAUGUAUGGAAAACUUAAUGUAACAAAUUGCUUGAAUUGUAUGAAAUUAAUUUAUUUAUAUUUGAAAUUAGCAUUUUUCAAGUACUAAUGGUUGUGUCAGACCAUAAGUAAAAGAGUCUCUUUGUUUCAAACUGGAAUAUGCAACGGUUGAUUAGAAAUGUUCGUGUGACGCUGGAGGUUAAAGAGAGUUGGCUAACGUAAUGCAUUUAUGAGACAAGGUAUUCACGUAUGUGGUUGCUCAUUGUUUUUAUGGAGAAUGUUUUGCUUUUUAUUGCUGGCAGGAACAGAAAAGCCAAGUGCCUUGUGCAAGGAAAUCAGCUUUCCAAGUCAGGGAUUGGAUUUAAACAUUUUGUGGCUGAAGUGCAAUUCUUUGUCCGAAAGGAAAUGUGAUUUCUAGUGUUUACUAUAAGCUGGUCUAACUUUCCACUGUUUUUGACAAGAGUGGCCUAAAAGUGUUCUUCCAUCAUUUCUAAGACUAAUUCUUAUGAAUAUAGUACUAUCAUUCAGUAGCACUCUGUCUUAUUUAAAUACAUGAUUUAAUUGUAUUGAAUGGAAAGAUGGCCCAGUUUAUGUAAGUUGAUUCUUAGUUACAAGGUGUAUUUAAAAUUUCUAUUUACAGUGGAUCUAUUUUCACACUAAAGGCCAAGUGCCUAUUAUUCCUUUGUAUAUGGCAUCAUGACUCAUUCUUUUCAAAGCACUUACUGAGAAUCUUAUUAUAUUUGAAAAAUGUGAAGAGUUUUUAAGUGCAUCUGUUUCAUUCAUGACCCUAUGGUCAUGUGAGCUCAAGUGCUUUUCAGAUCAUUUGCUUUGGAUCACAGUUUUCAAGCUGCAACAUCCAUAGUAUUGGGGUUGAUAUUUCUUUAAGUGGUCCAUUAUUUAAUAGUGCAUAUUGCACUGGAAUAAUAAUUGUCUUACCUCAGCAAAGUUCUGUGUCCAGUAACCGAGUCAUCAACUUGCAGUACUUUUACUGAAAUGGACAAAGAAUAAAAGGGAUACUGUACAUCCUUAUCACUAAAAGAAACAUUUAAAUAUAACACUAUAGCCUCCAUCAAAUGCCCUGGUUAUAUAUUGCAGGUUUAAUAAGUAAUGUGUAUAGACAGUCUUCUUUUAACUCUCUUACAAUGUAUUUAAAUUAAAAAUAUCUAUCAGUUGCUUAAGUUUUUUCAAGUUUUAUCUUCAAAUAUGUAUUUUCAAAGCUUUUUAGUAAAGUCUGUACUGUACUAAGAUUUAUCUUUUUCUUGCUUUUGCAUUUUUUCUUCCAGAUAUAAAUGGACAAGCAUGCCAAAGCAAUUAAAAUGUCAGUUUUAACUUCAUUGUUUUUCCAUAAGGUUAAGUUGUUGUCCGUGGUUUUAAUGUAAUUUAUAUUGAUUUCCCAUUUACAAAUCCUAAUUAGAAUUCUAAGGCAUUUUAGGCAUAUGAAAACAAUAAAUAUUAU